ACAUCGGCAUUAUGAAGACGAAAACGAAUGGGGUUGUGGCAGUUGGUUCGAGUACACGGUAGUUGUAGUUUUGGCCAGCGUUCUACUUCUCGGAUCCCUAGGACUGACGUUAUUCUGGGUAAUACAAUAUCAAGGAGGAUUCGCGUGGAGAGAAAAUCCCGAGAAACAGUUCAAUCUGCAUCCUGUGUUGAUGGUGGCCGGAUUCAUCACUUUCAGUGGAUUUUCAAUAUUACUAUACAGAAUAUGCAGAUGCUGUCGAAGAAUUUAUGUCAAGCUCCUCCACACGGUGUUCCACGCCCUGGCGAUUCCAUGCGUUGCUAUUGGGUUCUUGGCUGUCCUAGAUUCACACAAUUUGAAACAACCUAAUGCGAUACCCAACUUCUACUCGAUGCACAGUUGGAUUGGACUCGUAACAAUGGGAUUAUUUGCCAUACAGUUUGUGGUUGGAUUCUUCAGCUUCCUAGUACUGCUCUGUUGUGAGGGUGCCACAGCAAGUUUCAGAGCAGCACUUGUGCCAAUUCAUGCAUCUUUUGGACUGACGACAUUUAUGCUGGCCAUAGCAGCAGCGUUGACUGGACUCACGGAGAAAGUAAUGUUUACUCUGAAAGAUCGAUAUUCAUCACUCGGUGAAGAAGCUAUCGUAGUGAACACCAUAGGCAUGACAUUAGUUGCUCUUGCUAUAGUUGUAGCGUAUAUUCUGCAAAGGGACGAGUUCCGGUUCAGAGCACACAUCCUCAUACGUUCAGGAGAUCUCUAAAAUACGGCAGCACUAAUCACAGAGAAAAUCACAAUCACCUGUUUUAUGAUAUUAUAUAAACUGAAUGCGCUUUUGAGAAAACGAAAUCAGUAAAUCGAAUUCACUUUUAAUGAAAGCUAUACAGUUACUCACUAGUCGUAACAGUUGAUUGAAACACUGAUUUACUGACUACUCGCUUUCUCGAUAGAAUGCAGCGACCGAAAAAAUAAUUGUAUGAUUUUAUGAAUGUUAUUUACAAGACUAUAUUUUUUAUGAUUGUAAGUGUUUAUUGGUAUAUUUGUAUA